AUGGCGCCCAAGAAGGAGAAGACGGCGACCAAGAAGGCCAUUCCGGCCGAGGAGAAGUACGACUGGAGGACCCGAGAACAUCAGGUCCACCAUGCUUUGGGGAACACUUGGAAACUCUUCCGGGCUGGCCCUUUGCACCAAGACACCAGCAAGCAGAUCGAAGAGAAGAAGCCAGCAAAGGGAUCAGUCGCCCUUGUGAACAAGAAGAUCGGCUACGACGCCCAGGAGCGCAGCAUCAUGGACCAGCUCAAGAUGGUCCAGGCCAAGAAGGAGCAGUGGCUCAAGACCCAGGUCGCGAAGGACGCGAACUUCAAGGAGAACGACCAAAGCAAAGGCCAUGGGAAGGGCUAUACCCACGGCAAGGGCCAAGGGAGAGCAAUCCCACAACAGAAGACUCCCGUUGCCCUGAUCGCAGAGGACAUGAGCCACACGCCAGGCCAGCCGACACCUGCAGGAGCAGGCCACGGUCCUGAGGCAAAGGUGGAACCUGCGAAGAAGGUGAAGAAGAAGGCAGCUGAGCAGGGCUCCGAAAUCCCGGAUCCUAAAGAUCCAACGUGGUUGGAGAUCCGCCAGCGAACUUCGGGGCGGCCGCGCGCCGUUGAGCCCUUGGAGAAGCAGUUGACCAACUUGGCAGCGGAGAAGUUGCGCCGGGACCUGCAGGGUGCGAAACCUCGACGUCUCAGACACUCUGCACCUCCAAAGUCCGAAGGCAUUCCUGGGUCUCGUUUGGGUAAGAUCACAGAAGGGGUUGAGAGCGACACUGUCUCCUCUUUGGCAGCGCAGAAGGCGACAACAUCGCCUUUGCCGCAUGUUCGCGAUGAAGACUGUCUCCCCGGCGAGCCAGUAUUGAUCCGAUAUUCCUAGAGGCAGGGUCAGCAGUGCAACACGGCAGUCACAUGCCAUGUCGGCAUUGGCCCACCGUUGUUUUGACAACUCUCUAUAAUUUAUGCUUGUAUAUAGGUAUCCUUCUCCAGGUCAAACGGUCAAACUCAACAUUAAGCAGGCUUGCUUACAUGGUGCAGCAUUGUAGUGCAUCAUAUAAUCAUGCAGUAUAAGAUUAGUUUGAUAUGUUUUCUUUCAUGCCACGUGCGCAUAGGAAAGCACGCUGCUCCCACCACUAAUGUGGUUCUCGUAGAGAAGUAUGCGAACAGGUGUGUAAGGACUUGCAAGUUGCGUC